UUUUUGACCUCAACAAAUUAAUGAGAGCGGCAAAAUAAAUAAUGUAAACACAGUGUGAAUUUUGUGUCCAUAUUAGUUCGAAAGCAUGUUAGAGAAAUCUAAUUAGACUUUAAGGUGUAUACAAUAAUUUUCGUCAGUCUUUUGCGUCUGGUUGAGCGUCUAUGGUUUCUCCUUUUGGAAGUAUCAACACAACUAGGUUGGAUGAAGCCUUGGCAAGAGACACUGAAGUGAAGCAAGUUCUACACAAAGAAAUUAGUGACCUCAAAGUAACUUCUGAGCAGUUAGAGCAGCAACUUUGUUUGAAAACAACGCAAUUCGAGAAGUUGAAGAAUGACUUCAUUUUCAAUCUUCGGCUAAUCAAGGAGCGUGACGCAAUCAUAUCUAGGCUUCAUGAACAGGUUUCAGCUCUAAAGAAGAAUAUUUAUUCAAGAGAUAUUAUUAUCAGUGAGAUAAAGGUGUGUCUGGAUCGUGCACAUUCUGAGCUUGCACAAGCCAAAUCAUCUGAGGCAAAAUUAAGAGAAGAUAUUGAAUUCUCUAUGCGUGAAACUGUGAAGCGAGAACAACAACUACUUGAAAAACACAGUACAGUAAUGGAGGUUUUACGGAAAUCAGAAGCUGAAGAACGCAAUAAGCUACAGAACAAUAUUAAUCGUCUUCAGUCAGAACUAGAAACUGAAAGACUUCGUUUUUCUGCUGAUUUACAGGAUACAUUUGAAAAAGCAACAAGAGAAAGAGAAAAACUGGAAGCUGAUACUUCACAAAAGCUUUAUGAACUGGAAUUACGCAUACAUCUUGCAGAAGAAGCGACUCAGUUAGCUAAUAAAACCAGAGAUGAUCACAUCAGAGAAUUGUCUUCUAAAAAUGAACAACUAACUGAUUUAAACUAUAAAUUAAAUGAAGCGGAUAAAAAGAUUAAGUCACAAAUAUUACAAAUAGAGGAUUUACAAAAACAGUUGAAAGCGUCAAAACAGAGACAGUCGCUACUGGAAUCUUCUAUAACUCAAAGUGAAGAAUCAUACAAGUCUCAAAGAACUGAACUAGCUGAAGAAAUUAACAGUCUUAAGGCUAAACUGGAACAUUAUGAACAGGAGAUGGUGUUGACGACAACAAAACACGAAGAGACAGUCAAUUCACUGAAAUCUGAAAACCAAAGGCUACUUGAUUCCAUUGGUCAAGAAAAACAACAAACACAAAAAGCAGUCGAUAUGUGGAAAGAAGAAAAGGCAAAAUGUCAACAUGCUGAGAGUAAGUGCCGUUCAGCUGAAAAUGAGGUUGCACGUCUCAGUAAUGACCUGAAGCAAGCCCUAAUAAAACCUGAAAUGAAUAAACAAGAAAUUGUACACUGUAAACAUAAAGAUAUAAUCAAUCAAAUUGAUUAUUUACAAGAUACCUGUGAUAGGCUAGAAAAUGAAAAUUCACGUCUAAAGUACACUAUAAGCAUUAUGUCAGAACAGGCGAAACAAGUUGCUCAACUGACACCUGAAAUGACAGCAAGAACAGAUGAUGAUAAAUGUAUUCAACAGGAUGAAGCAAAAGUUAAUUUUAAACUAUUGGCUGCUGUUAAACAAAUCCAUCAACUAGCAUUAGAAAAAAAGGCAUUAAUUGAGUUGAGCAAUCGACUUCAAGCAAAACUGAGACAGUUGACAGGGCAAAAAAUGUGUUGUACACACGAUGAACAAGUGAAUACAAGUGUUCCAGUGAAAAAUCAAGCUGUAUCACUGUCCAAUGACGGAAACGGGAAAGUUUUACAAACCUCAACAAUCAAUAAACACCCGGUCAACACUGAUAACAACUAUGCAACCAGCAAGACUGUAUUGAAAAAUAAACUAGGCGAGAAUAUCGUUGACAUUGAACAAACCGGAAAUGUGAAUGACAUAGACUCUUCUUCGGGGAUAACAGGAAAAGGGUCAAUUUCUACUGUUUUCAGGUUAUUAGAUGAAGCAGCUUCAUUAGGCAGUGGUAAUGAAUGCGACAUUUUACACGGGAAUGGCUUAUGUGUGCAUGGAAUGCAAAAGAGGAUAACCACCUCCAAACCGAAACUAAGAUAACACUGUGCCGGUGUAAAUAUAUUUCCACUUAAAAUGUAGCUGUCUUCUAACAACUAACACUUCUACAAACUACUGUGAUCACUACUAAGGCAUUUUGAAAAAAAUUACUUAACUUAUUAAUAACCUGUACAUAACUGGGAGUGAAACAGUGAUGAAAUUAACUAGUGAGAUGUGAGUGUACACUCUAGUUUUCACUCUUUUUGUUAUUAUCAUUAUUAUUACUGCUUUCCUCUUUACUUCUCUUCUGUAAUUCUACUAGAGCUUACAAAACAUUUUUUGAAAUGUACUUACAUGCAGUCCCCUCGCGAAACUUCCUUUUUUUGUGAAAAAAUUAAUAUUGUCAGAGGAAUGGAG